AUGGCACGGAAACUGAGCCACCAGCGGGUCACGUACGAACUCCAUCCUUGCGACCGCGGUUUUCUGGAAGACCUGCCUUUUCUGCACGUGGGUUGCACGGCGGCUGAUGUGACGUCUGCCUUUUCCAGAUACUCGGCGGGUCGCGACGGUGUCAUCUGCUCGUGGGAACUCGAUUCUCCAGCCUCGUCUUCGCGCAAACCCGCUCUGGCCGCUUUCAAGACCCAGGUUCAGGCCCAUAGCCACUGGAUCAACGACAUUGUCCUGACCCAGGAUAACUCCGCGCUCGUCUCCGCCUCGUCCGACACCACUGUGCGACUCUGGCGCCCACAUUCGGAAUCGACCGAGGUCCCGGAGCGCAUCGGGAAACACACCGACUAUGUUAAGGCGCUCGCGAGUCCCAGCAGUCAGGCGAGUUGGGUUGCCUCAGGUGGCCUCGACCACAAACUAUACCUGUGGGAUCUGAAUGGCGGUGGGGAUAUCUUGAGCAUCGAUGCCUGUGGGGACGAUAUCGCCGAAAAGGGGUCUGUCUAUGCGCUAGGUGCCGUUUCGUCGGUGCUCGCCAGCGGCGGGCCCGAGAAUGUAGUUCGCGUGUGGGAUCCCAGGUCCGGGAAGCUGGUUACCAAGUUCGUUGGCCACACGGAUAAUAUCCGGGACAUCCUGAUCAAUGAGACCGGUGACACGAUCAUGACUGCCUCGUCGGAUCAAACCAUCAAGAUCUGGUCUCUGACCGCGGGACGAUGCAUGAACACCUUGACCAUGCACAACGAUAGCGUUUGGUCUCUGUACUCGGACCAUCCCGACCUCUCCGUCUUUUACUCUAGUGAUCGUUCAGGCCUGGUGGCUAAGACCGAUACCCGAGGUUCCGUAGAUGCAGAGCAUGGUACAUGCGUUGCCGCGCUGCAAGAACAUGAGGGUGUUGUCAAGGUUGUCGCUUCCGGAGAUUCCAUCUGGACCGCCACCCCCAAGUCAAGCAUUAACCGUUGGAAAGACGUGGAUACUACUGUCGGCAUUGAUCCGCCUCCUGACCCAGCACGCACUAUUGACUCUACUGCUGCCGCCCCUGUGAAUUCGUCCGAUACAGGAUCGCAGAAGAAAAUCCCCUUCCAAGCGGCUUUGCAAUUAUCAGCGACUUCUACGUUACUGGGAAGCCCAUCUUCAAAUGGACCCGUGGAGCCAGAAUUGGGACCAGAAAUUGGGUUGACAAUACCAAUCCAGUCAUUACCGGCGGAAACAAUUGAGGGCCAGGAUGGGUUGAUCAAGUGCUUGAUGUUGAAUGAUCGGAAACGCACCCUCACUCAAGACUCGGCAGGAGAGGUGGUUCUCUGGGAUCUGCUCAAGUGUCUUCCGGUCCAAACAUUCGGCAAACGCCAUAUCGACGACGUUGCUUCCGAGAUCAAUACCGUCGAGAGCAUUUCGCACUGGUGUACGAUAGAUGUCCGCACCGGCCGACUGUCGGUCAUCCUAGAGCCGAAUAGGUGUUUCGAUGCUGAGGUAUAUGCGGACGAGGCUGGUUUAUCGCCCUCCGAUCUAUCACAAUUCCGAGAGGACCAAAGGAUCAAUCUUGGGAAAUGGAUUUUGCGGUGGCUGUUUGCGCCAAUCGUGGAUGAGGAAAUUCGCCGCGACAAUGUUUACCGCGAAUCUGCCAUGGCCAAAGCCCAGGAACUUGUCCCAUCGAGUACGCUAGGCACAUCGGCGCCAGGCGAUGAUAUCCCUCGCAGUGUUGGUAUUCCAAUCUCACAAGGCCACUCAAUGACCACUUUGCGUCCUGGAAUGGAGUUCUCCGGGAGCCCUCAUACCUCCGGGAUUAACUUUGGCACGCCAUCAUCGAACCACCUCAGCACUUCCAUUCAGAGCACCGCCUCUCCGUUCCCUAUGUUUGAUCCCGAGACGCCCGAUUUGCCUGGGUCAGCACAUCACCAUGCCGAUGGGGGUCCGUCCUCUUUCUCGGACAAGUCCAGUGACUACUUCUCAGCGCGGCCCAACGGGCUGCCUCAGCUUGAUACCGAAAAGAAUCUCACGUCACCUACGGAUGCAGGAUCAACACCCGGUGUUCCCCAGUCCCCUGCAGAGCCGGACAAGGAGGAACGCAAGAAGAGCGGAUCAUUGUUUGGAAAGAAAUUCCGAAUGGACUUCCCCAAGAAGCUCGGCCGCACCUCGACCGACGCGAAACCUCAGAUCCAGGAAGAGAAAGUUGAGGAGUCUGAGGUCUCUUCCAUCAAAGAGGAGAAGAUCUACGAACCCAACAUCAGUGGCGUGGCUGAACGAAUUCGAACCGACUAUGAUGAGUUUUUGUCGGCCAACCCAGGCCGAGAAUUGGUGACGGCCAUUACGCCCAGUCCCGAGAGUGAAACGCCGAGGUUGGCAAUCCCCUCACGGACUGCGGUGUUUAUUCAAGAGGAAACUGGGGAGACUGCAGUGGCCUCGGAUCUAUAUCGAGGCAGUGUGGGCCGUAUUGGUCAGGAAAUUGAGCGGCUGGAGAAGUCAAUUCCUCACUGGCUUGGGGAGCUUCUCUUGAAGAACCAAAUCCCGUUUAAGGAGCAGGUCAAGAUCGCUUUCGUGUUGAAGCCAUUUGACGACUCGCUCCCCCCAGUUUCCAAGCCCGAGGUGUAUACCACCAAGCACUGCUGGCCCUCCGCCACCUACCAACGGAACCAACACCUCUCGACUCAACGCCAACCGCAUGCUUCGAGCAAAGAAGAUUCUUGCAUACGUGGCAGAGCGAAUCGACCCCCGAACCCCGACGACUCCGAGGCUCCGACCAUGCCACCGGAAGAAUACCUAGAGCUAUAUUGCCAGAAAAUGUUUUGUCCGCCCAACAUGACCCUAGCCACGAUCCGGACACAUCUCUGGCGCACCUCGGGUGACAUGGUCCUCUACUACAAAGCGAACGGCAAGAAGGAAAUCCCACCGCCCCGAUCCACGACCAACCAUGAUGAAAACCAUCUCACUGCGGGCGAGGCCCACGCUCCUAAUGGUGAAGGAAGUGCACCUCCCGGUAGUAUUCACUCGAUGGCCAAUUCUGGGUCAGUCGCCGGCUCGAUUACUACCUAG